AUGCUACAACCAGGGGCCGUCGGUGCGGCACGCGUCGUGGAGGGCCGGGCCUCCGAUCUCGUUGUGGUCGGGGACUUCACAGGUCUCGCUUUCGCUUCGUUCCAGAUGACCUUCGCCAUUAUCGCUAGUGCCAUCAUCUCCGGAUCCUUGGUGGAGCGCGUGCGCUUCAGUGCUUACUGCAUCAUGCUGGCUCUUUGGUCCCUUCUGAUCUACGCACCUUUGUGCCACUGGGUUUGGGGACCUGGUAGCUGGAUUGGCCAGCUGGGAGCUCUCGACUUUGCAGGUGGAACCGUGGUCCACAUCAGCUCAGGUGUGUCCGGCCUCGUUGCCGGUGCAAUCCUUGGCCCGCGCAAGCACGUUGAGAAGGACAUGGGCCCAGCCAACGCCCCCUUCGUGAUCUUGGGUGGCUGCCUCCUUUGGUUUGGCUGGUUGGGAUUCAACGGUGGCUCUGCUUUGUCCACUACAGACGGAGUAGCCGCUCGUGCAGUAGCCACCACCUUCGUGGCUGCGGCUUCCUCAAUGCUGACCUGGCUCGCGCUUGAGCGUGUCCUGAAGGGCAAGUCAACCAGUGUGGGUGCAUCUGUCGGUGCCGUUGCAGGUCUGGUGGUCAUCACACCCGCAGCCGGCUUUGUGACGCCUGGCUGGAGCAUUGCCAUUGGUGCCUUGGGCGCUCCUUGGUGCUACCUCACUGUUGAGGCGGUGAACAGGAUCAACUUGGUGGAUGACACUCUUGACGCCUUCGGCUUGCACGGCUCUGGUGGCUUUGCCGGUGCCAUCUUGACGGGCAUUUUUGCAGUUGACGAAGGCCUCAUUUACAGUGGUAGCUUCGUGCUGUUGGGCAAGCAGAUUGCUGGUGCGCUGGCUGGUGUGGCUUUCUCUGCUGUGGGCACUGCCAUCAUCAUGGGAGUCAUGAAGAUGCUGUUCAAGCUUCGAAUUCCAGAAGACCAGGAGAUUGGUGGUGUUGACGAGCACACUCACGGUGAGAGUUACCACAGCUCAACCAAGACCUAUUCCGCAGGUGGCCGCAUGACUGAGUCGGAAACAUCAAAGGAGUCCGCACCGGCAGAGGACCAACUGAUCAGCGAAUGCGGAGCCAGCUGGAUCCCUUUGAUCACCGACUACGAACCGAGCCCCAGUGAGUCCCGAAGCUCCGAUCUUUGCCAGGUCUCGGCUUUUGCUUCGAACGUCGUGAAGUGGUCCCACGAUGCCAGCGUCGGCGAGUACGCCCGCGUGGCUCAGUCCACUGCCCACCAGCUGGCCUUGUUCGCGGGUGGUGGAAGUGUCACGAACUUGGUAGGCGUCGAUGUGGCAAGUGGCGAUGUACGCUACUGUGUUGACACCGGCAUCGGCGCAGUCUGGAGCCUUUGUGCCUCUGGGGAGCCUUUGCGUGUCCUCUGCGGGGGGAGCUGGACGAGGCCGACGCAUACAGCAGAAGUCUCAGGUUUCGAUGCAAUGUCCGGUGAGAAGCUGUUUGCCUUAGACCCGGGCGUCGGAAGAUACAUUGUGUCCACGGCCUUGCGAGAUGGAGGGACCGCCUUUGUCAGUGGGGAGAACGGAAUGGUGGUGGCUCUUGACACUGCCACAGGAGAGGUCAAGUUCCGGUCGGAUUCCAUGGUGGAGGAGGUCUGGAGCCUGGAGGUCGCCAGCGAGUUGGGCCUGAUCCUUUGCUCAGGCGGUUGGUCUGAGAAGGUGUCAGCGCUAGACAUGCGCACGGGGGAGCUCCGAUGGGGCCCGGUGAAUGCCACGAUUGGGAAGGUCUUCAGCUUUCAGCUGGUCGACUCCAUUCUGCUAUGUGGUGGCGCGGAUGGGCUUCUCGCCGGGAUUGACCCAGGCUCUGGAGACCUGCGCUUCACUUUGGCCGUUAACAUCGGUGAGAUCUGGAGCUUGGCCUACGAUCCCAAGUCCAGGACGCUCUUCUGCGGCGGAAACAACGAAUCGGUUGCAGCCGUCCAGCUGUGA